AUGAUUUCAUCGUCCAGUAGAAGCAGUAUGAGUAGUAGCACAAGCUCAGAGGAGCCUCUUGUGAUUGAUGAAGACUUUAUCAAUCAAGUUGAAAAACACUACCGAAAGUCCCUUAAAAACAUUCCGUUUCAAUACAUUGUAGGUGUUGAUGUGGGAGCCACCAACACAAGAAUUGCCAUUCAAUUUAUCAUCAAUGAAGACCAAGACGAUGAAGUAUUCAUGACCAAGUUCCCAUGUAAUACUUCCACUCAUUUGGCAAAUUAUCUUGCAGCGUAUGGAAAGGCUAUGGUGAAAGCUGUCGGAAAGGGAAGUGCUGCUGGUUCUAUUGCCCUCGCAGGUCCAGUCACUGGAGACAAAGUAAGAAUUACAAAUUACAAGGAACAUGACCAAGAGUUUUUCUAUUCACAACUUCCAGAUACAUUGUUCCCAGCCAGUAAGAAUACUUUUUUGAACGAUCUUGAAGCGAGUUGCUACGGAAUUAUUAAUGUUGGAACGAACAAUCGUUUACAUGAAUUCUUCUGCCCAAUUGAUGCUUUGAAUAAUUAUGCAACUUCACAAACUGUACGACUUUCUGAUACCAGUGAAUAUGCUGUGUUGGCGAUGGGAACUGGUCUUGGAACAGGAUUAAUUGUUGGUUCUGCUGGAGGAAAAUUCAAUGUCAUUCCUCUCGAAGCAGGACACGUGCAUAUUGCCACUCCUGGCGUAAAUAGUGAACAUUUCAAGGAAGAACGUGAGAGAAUUGAAUUCUUGAGCCAAAAAAUUUAUGGAGGUGCCUAUCCAAUUGAGUAUGAGGAUAUUUGCAGUGGAAGAGGUUUAGAAUUUUGCUAUGAGUUUGAAAUUAGAAAUGAUCCAAAUGCUGUAAGAAAAACAGCUUCUCAAAUUGCCGAAUCUUACUCCACUGACACAUAUGCAAGACAAGCCAUGAUUACUCAUUAUCGAUAUUUAAUGAAGGCCGCUCAAAAUAUUGCAGUUCUCAUUCCAACCUGUCGUGGAGUUUUCUUCGCAGGUGACAAUCAAGUAUUUAAUGAAGAUUUCUUUAAGGAACAUCUUUCUAUCUUACAAAAAGAACUCUUCCAAACACACCAAAAGAAACAUUGGCUUACUGAUUUGAAGCCAUACAGACAAAUGAAAGAAUACAACUUUAAUGUGAAGGGUUGUCUUCAAAAAGCAAGAGAAUUAGCCCAACUUGGUUCUACUACCAUGGUUGAUGAAAAGCCAAAAGCUGGACUCAAAGAUGUUCUUUCUGUGGCCAUACCAACUGCUUUCUUCUCAGUCCUUUCAUUCUUCACUGCUAAGAAUUUGUAUGAAAAGUAA